GUGCACAGAGACAGCCCAUUUAGAGGAGUGGUCCUUUGAAAGCUUUAAAGAGCAGAAGUGAUAAGAGAUUUGAGCCACUUGGAAUUGUCCUGUGUUACAAGCUUGGAUAGCCUGAGGAAACAAAGGAGGCAUGGAGACAGUGGAGGUGUUUGACACGGAUGGCAAAGGCAGGGGGCUGAAGACAACCAAGGAAUUUUGGGCUGGAGAUGUAAUUUUUGCAGAACGAGCCUAUGCUGCAGUAGUAUUUGACAGCCUCACCCAUCUUGUCUGCCAUACAUGCUUUAAAAGGCAUGCAAAACUCCAUCGCUGUGGCCAGUGCAAAUUUGCCCACUACUGUGACCGGACCUGCCAGAAGGAUGCCUGGGUGAACCACAAGAGUGAGUGCGCUGCCAUCAAGAAGCAUGGGAAAGCACCCAAUGAAAACAUCCGGUUGGCUGCCCGAAUCAUGUGGAGAAUAGAGAGAGAAGGAGGAGGCCUGACAGAGGGCUGUUUCGUCUCCAUUGACAGCCUGCAGAACCACGUGGAGCAUUUUGGAGAAGAGGAGAAGAAAGAGCUGAGGCUUGACCUGGAGAGUUUCCUGGAGUUCUGGCCACAUGACUGCAAGCAGUUUGGCAUGCAGUACAUCUCUCACAUCUUGGGUGUGAUCAACUGUAAUGGUUUCACCCUGAGUGACCAAAGGGGUCUGCAAGCAGUUGGCGUGGGCAUCUUUCCCAACCUUUGCCUGGUAAACCAUGACUGUUGGCCCAACUGUACCGUUAUCUUCAACAAUGGCAAUCAUGAGGCUGUAAGGUCAAUGUUCCACACACAGAUGAGGAUAGAGCUGCGUGCAUUGGGAAAAAUCUCUGUAGGCGAAGAGCUGACAGUUUCUUAUGUGGAUUUCCUCAAUGUGUGUGAAGACAGAAGGCAGCAGUUGAAAAAGCAAUAUUAUUUUGAUUGCACCUGUGAACACUGUCAGAAAGGAAUCAAAGAUGACCUGAUGUUGGCAGUGAAAGAAGGGGAAGACAAGCCAUCCCCAGAUGUGGUCAAAGAUGUCAUUCAAUUCUCCAAAGAAGCAAUAGAAAAAAUGGACAAAGCUCGUUCUGAAGGCUUAUACAAAGAAGUUGUAAAGCUGUGCCGAACAUGUCUCGAGAAGCAGGAACCAGUGCUAGGAGAUACCAACAUUUAUAUGCUCCGGAUCCUGAGCAUUUUGUCAGAAGUCCUCUCUUACCUCCAGCACGUUGAUGAGGCAGCUGGCUACUCAAAACGAAUGGCGGAUGGCUACUUGAAGCUUUACCAUCCCAACAAUGCACAACUUGGAAUGGCUCUUAUGAGAGCAGGAGUGACCCAUUGGCAUGCUGGUCUCAUUGAAGCAGGGCAUGGGAUGAUUUGCAAAGCCUAUGCUAUUCUUCUUGUGACACAUGGCCCAACACAUCCAAUCACAAAAGAUCUGGAGGCCAUGAGGAUUCAGACUGAGAUGGAGCUGCGCAUGUUCCAGCAGAAUGAGUUUAUGUACUACAAGAUGAGAGAGGCGGCUUUGCAGAACCAGCAGAUCCAGGUCUUGCCUGAACCCACCAAUGAGAUUUCACCUGGCAUCUUCCAGAAGAAGCAAUAACAAAGUUCCUUGGUGACCCUGGAGAAGUAUUGUCAUAUUCCAGAAGCAAGAACAACAUCUGAGCGGGAAAAAGUGAAAUCCAAAGAGAAAUGGUGGCAUUUCAGGAGGAUUUGACUCUCCAGCAGACAGCGCCAGAGAGACACAUGCUCAGCUUCUUGGUUGAUAAGUGUUUCAAAGAGUGACACACACGUGUGCAUACAAAGGCCUAUAUUCAUUGUUAUUAAUAAAAUCAUUAUGGUGACACA